UUUGACCAAUUCCUUGAACUUUUGUUUCAGCUUUAUGUUACGCUCAGUACUGAAAGUUAUCUCGAUGGGCAACCAAGCUCUAUACUGCUUAUAUAUUUCAGCGGCAUCCUUGGAUUUUCCUCAGACUGUCAGAGAUUCCAACUCGCUCAACAGUACUGCUCAAAGCUGUCAGCAAUGAUUUAUAUACAGCGUAUAUUAUUCCUGGAGCGAGCAUUGCCUCUACGUGAAUAUAGGUCUAUCGGUAUCCCACAACGGCCAGACGCUGGGCAAUUCGAGUGCUUUAAUCAAGUCCGAGCCAAGUAUAUGGUUCUGGGUUCACAAUACCCGUUGGCAGAGCUGAUAAGCCUUCGAGAUUUCGGACGCAACAUUGCACGAACUGAACCACCAUCUAUGCUUUUC